AUGUCUCUCCCACGCAUCUCCUUCCUCGAAGGAUGGGAUCGCUACCCUGGUGCCCGCCACGACGCGGCACUAUCAGAUACAGAAUCAGAGAAUGCAGACCUGCCGUCUCCGUCUCCGUUGUCGUCGUCCUUCCCCUCCACGUAUAGCAGGCUUAAUUUCAACCCGUAUGCGGGGCCUGGUUGGAACGAGAGUGUCGACGAUCGUGAUGAUCGCCCCUCGUUGUUUGGAUCCAUGCUGUCGCCGACGGCGACGCGGGACGGUCGAGUGGAGCCUUCCCCAAGCGCUGACCUUGGCCCUGGCUCUCCCGGGUCCAAGGAUCUCUGGACAGAGACAAGGCCUGCUUAUGAAGUUAGCCCCGCUAAGCGCAUCGUCCAGGUGUGUCUAGCGGUGCUGUACUGCUUUCUGGCCGCUGGAAUUGUGUUCGGCUUUGCUGCCAUCAAGCCGGUUCUGAUCCGCGAGAAUGUAUAUCGUAACCUCUGCACUCAGGAGGAGCUGGAGGAGCAUGUUUACGUCUGCUAUGGCCAGGAAAUACGGUUGAAUCUCAUGUUCACCAUUGCCGCUGUUGCAACCAAUGUCUCCGCGCUGCCCGUAGGAACCAUUCUGGAUGCGUACGGCCCUCGGGUGUGUGGCCUCAUCGGCAGUCUGUGUCUCGCUCUUGGAGCCGCGCUCUUCGCAUUCGCCAACCAAUUGCCCUUUGAUGGGUACAUCCCGGGAUACCUACUGCUCUCUCUGGGCGGCCCGUUCGUCUUCAUCUCAUCGUUCCAUCUAUCCAACACGUUUCCCACGCGGUCGGGACUAAUCCUCUCCAUGCUGACCGGCGCCUUCGACGCAUCCAGUGUCCAGUUCCUGAUUUUCAGGCUUCUAAACGAGCACACGGGUGGCUACGUAUCAAGCCAGAAGUUCUUCUUGGUUUAUCUCGUCGUCCCGAUCUUCAUCGUCGCAGCCCAGAUAACAGUGAUGCCAACAACAUCCUACAAAACAGCCGGCGAAUUGCUCCAACAAGCGUCGGUGCACGUCGCCGAUGAAAUCGCCGACCGCGUAGACGGGACAACCCAGGAUGCCGAGCGCGAGCGGAGCGACCGUCGUGCCCAGCGACAGAGUAUCGUAAGCCAGAUCCAGGGCCUCCUGGACGACGGCACAGCAUCGAUAGCAUCCGGUGGCAUCGAUGAUUCAAUCUUUUAUCCACUCGCUCAGCCCACCACAGACCCACCACAGUCCCAACCCAUCCCCGCAAACACACCCAAGACGCACACCAGCGGCGUCUGGGGCGUACUCCACGGGAAAAGCGCACUACAACAACUAACCACACCAUGGUUCGUACUAAUCACGCUCUUCACGGUCAUAAUGAUGCUUCGCAUAAACUACUUCGUCGCCUCCCUGCGUCAACAAUACAACUACCUCCUCAAUCCCACACUCGCACGAAAAGUCAACACCGUCUUCGACAUUCUCCUUCCCGUCGGUGGACUCGUAUCCAUCCCAUUCAUCGGCACCUUCCUAGAUACAUUCCAAACGCGCACCGUGCUCACCAUUCUCGUGGUAACGGCCACCGCUAUCGGUAUCCUAGGCUGCAUUCCAAAUAGCGUGGAAGCGGCGUAUGGAAACAUUAUGCUUUUCGUACUCUAUCGACCAUUCUAUUACACCACUGUAUCGGAUUACGCGGCCAAGGUCUUUGGAUUCCAGACAUUCGGCAAGGUUUACGGGUUGAUUAUUUGCUUGGCGGGUUUUGGUAAUUUUGCACAGGCGGGACUGGAUACGCUGACGCUUAAGGUGUUUGGCGGGGAUCCGGUGCCGGUCAAUGCUUUCUUGACUGUUUUGGUUACUGUUGUUGGGGGUGCUCUGGUGGCGUUUGUGAGUUGGAAGACGUCUGUUAUUGCUGCUCGGGGUCACGCGAGGCCUACUGCCGAGAUGAGACCGAGUCACAAUGAUAAUGGUGUCUAUCCGGAAGGAGUGUUGGCUAGAGAUUGGGAAACGAGACCUCUUCUUUCCGAUGAUGAUGGGCGCAGGGCCUACGGGUCUUGA